ACGAUGUUUCCAACAGUAACGACACUGCUAAUUGCAGCGUUCUUUGAGUCUGCAUUCUGCGGGAUCCCACGUUCUCAUACAGUUCCCUAUUAUUGCGCCAGUGUUAAAUGUCCACGGCUCUACUGUAAUGCUCAAAUUACGCCUCCGGGAAAAUGCUGCCCCGAAUGCACCGCAGUUCCUGAUCCAUGUGCCGGGAUAGGUGGGUGUCUUGCAAUCUGGUGCGAGGGUCAGUAUACGCCCCCAGGGGAAUGCUGCCCCGUGUGUCCUUGCUAUUAUAAGGGGAGUGUGUACAAAAGUGGCGAUCACUUCAUGGACGAUUGUAACAACUGUACAUGCGGCUUUAGCGGAGACGUUGCCUGUACCGAGAAAGCAUGUGGUGGCUCUGGUUCGUCGUGCACAUACAAAGGCAACCGAUAUAACAAUGGCGCCGUUUUCAAAGAUGAUUGCCAGACAUGCCUCUGCCUAUUCGGAACAGUGUCUUGCAGCGGAAAUGUCUGCCAAGACGAGAAACCUGGUCAAUGUCCUCCAAACGACCCAAACGCCACCACCAUAUGCCCAGUACAAUGUCAAGGUGACAAUACUUGUCCCGGAAACCAGAAAUGCUGUCAAUACGGAUGUAUGAUUUCAUGCACCGAUCCUGUUUUCUUCGGUCCCUGCUCCGUCAAGCUUGCUGAAUGGGAGGCCCAAUACGACGCCGCCAACGGGAGGCCUCUGGGACUUGAGCGUCCUCGUUGUGACUCCAGGGGCGACUUCAUGGGGAUGCAGUACCGUGGCUCCCAAGCUUUCUGUGUUGCUCCCGACGGCACUGAGAUUGCCGGUUUCAAGGUAAACAGGUGGGAGGCCGUCGAUAUGGACUGCAAGUGCGCACGUGACAUGUACGCCUACCAGCAAAGUGGCGCAAUUGGUCGGAUGUUCUCUUGUGAUCGCUUUGGAAACUACUCCCCCGUCGGAUGCACGGGUUCGGUAUGCUAUUGUCAAGAUCGCAGGGGAAACAGAAUUGGGGACACCACGGUCAAUAUCGGAGAUUCGGACAGUCUCAAUUGCUAGAGAAUCGUCAUUUACCGGAACGCAGUUAAUUCCUAUUCCGACGACUAAACGAAUACAUGUUGUGAUUAUAUGCAAUAUGAAUAAAUAAAACACAGCAAUUGAAA